CGCCUCCACCACCACCACCACCAACCUCACUCCGUUUUCACCGUCGCGGCGUGUCGGUCGGUCGGUUCGGUCGGUCUGUCUGGGUGGGAAAUGUCCUCGCUAACCGUCGAGGGGGAGCAGAAAUGGGUACCGACGCACGUACUGGUGACCGUUCUCAAAGGCAGGGGGCUGCGGGGCAAGGGCAAGCACGGCACGAGCGACGUGUACACCAUCAUCCAGCUGGGGAAGGAGAAGUACUCGACCGGCGUGGUGGACAAGACCACCGAGCCCGAGUGGAGGGAGGAGUGCUCGUUCGAGCUGCAGCCCGGCGUGCUGGAGGGCGGCGGGCGGAGCGGGUACCCGGCCGGGAGCAGGGAGCUCAUCCUGACCGUGAUGCACCGGGCGCUCAUCGGGCAAGACGCCUUCCUCGGACAGGCUGUGAUCCAGCUGGAUAAAGUGUUCCACGAGAGCAGAUGCCUAAAAAACGAGUGGUAUAGACUCCACUCUAAAACGGGAAAGAAGGAGAAGGAGCGGGGAGACAUCCAAGUCACCAUCCAGUUCACCCGGAACAACCUGACGGCCAGCAUGUAUGACCUGGUCAUGAAGGACAAGGGAGCCUCCACCUUCAGCAAACUGAAGGAGCGCAUCAAGGGGAAGAGGAGGUCCAGCGACGAUGACUCCUCGUCGGUCGUCAUGCCGGGCGGGUAUGGGUCCCUCUACCGGCUACGUCACAGACUGCCAAGUGACGGAGGCGGAGAGGAGGAGUACGAGGACGACGAAGGGGGCGAAGCCCGGCGGAGCAAGAUGAGGACCUUCUUCUUCCGGGGCAAGCUGCGGAAGUCCUCCGACACCCGCUCCAGCACUUCCCUGGGCUCCGAGAGCAGCGAGUCGUCGUCCCGGGGCGGGAGCCUCAGCCCCACUGCCGGCAUCAGCGUGGUGGUGUCUGACCUCUCCAACUCCCCCAGCAACAGCAGCAACCUGACCGCCGACAACAGCCCAGAUCACACGGCAAACACGUCGCCCAAGUCGUCCUCUCUCAGAUGUGAGUUCGGGGAUGAGGCCGGAGAGAUCACCAUCGCAGUGCCUCUGCCCACUGUCUGCGUUAACGGAAGCCAUUCUUACAAAGUCCAGCCCUCGGACCCAGGCUCAGGGAAACCUGCAGCUUCUACAGGGUUGGCACCGCUGCAGAAGACCCUCCCCCUCUCCGUGUCGCUCCAGAAUCUCAGCACACGGCCGUUCGCCGAACUCCCCGUAAGCCCCGUUGGAGAUGGGCGCCGCUGGUCUUUUGACCGACCCGGCGAGGAGGAGAAAGCUGCCAUUGCCGCGGCCCUAGAGAAAAGCGGGCCCAUGCUGGGUGAGGAGGAGGAGGAGCCGUCGUCAGAAGUGGCCCCGCCGUCCUCCGCCUCCAAGGCGGAGUUGGAGAUCCCGGGGAGAAAGCAGAGGAGGAACUUUUUCUCGCACGGGCGGAGCGAGUCUGCAGGGAAGGGUCAGAGUCAGCCCAAGGACGAGUCUGAACAGGUCCAGUCUGUCACUGAGGAGAAACACAAGGGCUGGUUUGGAUCAAAGGACGCGCACAGCAAGCCCAGCCUGGUGGUGUCACCUAAAGUAGAGCCCUGCACUGAUCCCCACCCACCACCUCUUCCACCUAUCCACCAUCCCUUGGGUCCCCCUGUACAUUCUGCCUCUGUAGUUUCUACAUUGCACCAUUCUAACCCCUUUUGCCACUCACAGACCAGUCCACCUCCCAUUUCCCCGUGCAACCCUUUCUUCUCUCUCCUGCAGCAAAACCCUUUCUAUGAGGACAUGCUUUCUCCUAAAGCCGUAAAACCUUCACCGCCUCCUUUGCCCUAUCUUUCCAGCUCCCGACCCCCCAUAACUCAACUGUUUCCUCAGCCGCGUCCGCCUGUCUCCGACUCGACCCACGACAGUCCACACACAGAGGGCUCCAUCGCUGGCGCUAUUGCAAAUAGUGAAACGCCGUCCAACGUAGCGAGAAGACCUCUUCCUCCAACUCCCACAGAGGGGCAGAAAAAUGUUAUCAAGAAGCCGUCCAACCCUUUUAUGUCAGUCGGGAAGCACGAUCUGGAUUCAGAGUGGGAUGAAUCCUUUGAAGCGUUCGCAGCUGGCAGGCUGCAGUCUCCUGAGGACCUCGCCACAGAAUACAGAGCGCAGCAAAACAUGCUCGGUGACCAUCCACCGGAACCCUGCAAUAAUGAGGCGUUACCGCCCGUCAAAGAUGCUGAUGGAAUCACAAACAUUUAUGACUCCCCACAUCACCAGCUGGGGACAAGGUUUGAGAAGCCGUAUCAAGUCACCAGCCAGAAUCCCAACACUAACGCACAUCACUUUGACACUUUUCCGCCAUUCCUUGAAACAAUCCCAGAGCACAGAAGCUUUGAGAUUGACAACCUCGUUUUAAACACUCUGACUAACCCCCCAAAUGCACAAGCUUGCACUGAACCCGAACAGAACAACAACACUACUAAUGACUUGGCUGACGCUAACACUGAUGCGGCUACCUUUCACACCUUAUCAACUCAACUCACGAACAUCUCUCCAGAUCCUACUACCUCUGGCCUCGGCAGUUCGGCAGAGGAAGAUGGCCUCUCCUGUUUCUCCUCCCACUCUGAGAAAUUCUCCGGGUCCUCCUCUGAGGAAGCUGAAACCAGCAUUAUCUGUCUUGAGAGUUCCCCCGAGCUGACUGUGAUAAAAAACAUGAACCUCCCUGAGUUUAAAGGUGGCAUUGCUGAGGGUUUAGUAGAUAAUGCACAGCGAGCUGGAAUUCAACACGAAGACGGUGAAACGUUAUAUGAGAGCAGUUCUGAGGGUUCCCUAACACCACAGUUGCAAGAGACGGGAAGUCAAAGUGAAGCUGCUCAGACCACAAGCUUUUCGAAUUUGUACCCCGACCUGCUGCCAAAAGUCUCUGAAACGCCAUUGAAUGAUGCCAGUAGCGAUGAAGGGAUAGAGGCACUCAAUGUUUCUACGGCGGUUUCUCCCGAGGAGCUCGGUGACUGCCCCGUGAACAAAACUACAAAUUUGAUCCCGGGCUGUCCAGAUGAUGAAAUCACCUCCACACUGCCAACAUUUCACAUCACAACUUCAUCCCCUGACGUCAAGCAGGAUUUGUUGGCUGCGUCCAUCAACGACCCUAGUACAGGAGAGCGGGAAGUCAACCAAGACUCCAGCGUACCAUUCAACCUUUUCGCUGAUUUCCACAACAUUAGUCACAUUGCGAAUAGUCCCGGCCAAGAAUUGGACAGCAGUUUGUUGCCCGCGCAGGUGUCCGAUCGGAGCGGCAGCAGCUUUCUCCAAAGCUUUUACGUCAGCGCCAACUCGCAGGAUUACCAAAGCUGCUUCUCUCACCCAUCUUCCAAACCUUCCAGCGACUCCGAACUGACGGACACCCUGCACUCCGCCAACUCGACGCUCUGCGGCGACGAGAGCAACAUUCAAGUGAGCACCGAUGCUGCUGGAACGCAUCCUGGAAAUACAUCCACACCAGGUAAUAAAGAGCUCGACCAAAGCAGAAGUUUGGAGGAGUCCUUCUUUAGGCCUCAGGACAAGAUGGCAAUUUCUGAGCCAAGAGACGGAUCGUUGGUGACCUCUCUAGCAUUACCAGGCCCCGAGGUUUUAGGAGACCUAUUCUCAAAAUGGCAUGAGGAACAAAACCCUGCACUCCACCGCUCCCAGUCUGAGGGCAACCUUGCGCCACCUUUUGACGAACCGCUCGCGCCGUCUUUCGGGAGCGACCCCGGCGCGAUACAGGGGUCUUCCUCGGCCCUGCUCGGCCCCCAAUUCCUCUCGCCAAUCUCCUUUGCUCCCUCUCUAACUCCUGAAAGCGGCAGCUCCUCUCCCGUAGCGCUCUGUGCCCUCCCUCCCCUUUUCAACCUUUCAGCCCCAUUGCCGCCCAGCACAGCGCAAGGUACCGGACCAAAGCCGGUGCCAGAGGAUAAAGGGCCGCGGGAAGUGGAACAGCAGAACAGCCCCCACCCGGUGAAGCCCCUGACAACUGCCACACUGGCCGAGGAGAAGCGCUCAGUGCUUGCCACUGGCUUGGAGAAGCUCAAAUCCAGCAUCCACCCGGGGAAGAGCAGCCAGAUCACAGACCAAGGGACGGACAGAAGGAAGUCUCUGACGGAGGGAGCGGGCUCAUACUACCACCUGACUCACAGCGAGCUGGUGGCCCUGCUGGUGGAGCGCGAGGCGGAGCUGGAGAGGCAGCGGGCGGAGUUCCAGCGUCAGAAACUGUUGCUGGCCAAGCGGGAGGUGGAGCUGAAGAAGCUGAAGCCGCAGGUCCGGGACCUGGAGGACUACAUCGACACGCUGCUGGUGCGCAUCAUGGAGCAGAAGCCCACCCUCCUGCAAGUGCGCUCCAAGUUGAAGUGACAAAGUCGCCCGCAUCUGUUCACUCUAACCUCCACAACAGCUCUUUAGUCUUUUCACUGCUAUGCUGUCCUUUUUGAUACCGACAUUAAGGCACCGAGAGGUGUCGAGGCGACGUUUUCAGGCCGGCAUGCUUUAACUUCUCUGAAACGCGUCCUCGGCGGCGGGGUUCGGGACGAGUGGUUUUUGAAUGUAGCGCGUUCUCAGGUUGUUUUCAGGUUCCGCGACGCCGGGGGGGGGACAGGUUACGGCCCCAAGGCGCUUCCACGUCUGGGAUCCUGGUCGUGGAAACACAAGAAGAGUCCUCCUUUUCAAGCUCACGUUUCACAUUUGUCACCUCGUCACGAGAGAGAAAGUCGAAUGCAAAGUUUCGGUCCAUGACAACCAGCUUAUCCAACUCACUCGGUCAAAAAAACCUUGAAGGCAUACAUUAGGUCUCAAGAUUGAUUUCCCCUCCAUUCAAGGCAGAAAAUUUGACUUUGUGCUCCGGGAUGCUUUUGAAAAAUGCCUAUUGUGUCCAAACGUGUUCAAAAACCAAAAGACACUGAAAUUGCUUUAUUUGGCAAAAGAAAAAAAAGCUGCAAGUCCGGAAAUUUUUGAAGCACUGGCAAAUUACUGAUUUUUUGGGCACAGGGGAUACCCUCAAAGGCAAGCUCUGCCCACAACACCACCAAAAGACAAAAGGCAGCCAAGUGCUUCCAGCAGGUCUAGGCAUAGACGAGAUUGAAAUCAGAGCAAAAUCUUAUCAAGUAUGUUUGAGACCUUUUUAAAAUUCACGUGGAAGUCAGUUUAAGUUUCAACGGGGAAACGCACAGUGCCCCUUAAACGUUUGAUUGGCGUCCCUUCCCGCGGAUGCUUCUCAGAGGCCGUUCUGGGUUGACACUGCAAACGUUUCCCCCUUUACCGAUACCGGGCUGUUGAAAACCAAAUGAGAGGCGCGAGAGCCUCAGCCUCGUCACGUGCACAUUGCCCGGGAACCGAUUGUAGCUCAUGAAUGUUCAAAAGUGUUCUUAGCCAACAAGCGGGUGGGUCUUUAUUUUUCUAAUAGCGCAUUAUAAUUGCUGUUUCUUUUUUUUUUUUUUUUUGCUUGCUCCUUCUUUUCCUCCUUUUUUUGUUUUUUUUUUCCUUUCUGUAUUUGCUUCCUUCUACGGGCUUAUCUUGAAAACAUCCAGAAGAGCUCAGUCACAUAAGCUAAACGAUUCUCGUAUGGGUCACGGUGUUAUCAGGUGAAGACAGUAUCACUCAGUAGAGAUCAGACGCGGCAGCCGCUCUGAUCUUCAUGCUUCCUCCUUCCCAACAUGCGCGUUGUUGACACGGCUCCGGCGCGAUGAGAGAGAGGAUGCCUGCGACAUGCCGGUACUUGACUUCCCUCCCUCAGUGUCUGAGCGUGUCACAUCUGCUUCUGCUUCAGCACGCAAGAUGCUUUCAGGUGUCACAAAAGGGAUACGUGCCGCAUUUUACAGCAGAUAUUGCCGUAUUGAAAUGCCAAACGCUGCCUUAUUUCUGUUCUAUUUUUGACAUUCGUUGAGACCCUAGCACUUCAUUUUACUUGUCGGGGCUUGGGGCUUGAAACAGAAAAGCCAUCUGCUCACUGGAAGUUUUUUUUUGUUGUUGUAUUCCUUUGAUGCUUUCUUAUAUUGUUUAGAUCACUGCACAGGAACAAAUUGUAUGCAUACCAAUAGAAAAUGAAUAAGAACAGUGUUUUACCGUGAAAUGCCAAAAAAAAGAGCAAACAGAAAAAGUAAUAAAAAAAGCCUUGAAACUUAAUCUAUAGAGCUGAUUGAGACACCCUUAAAGUAUGAUGCCACUUUUAAGAGCAUUUGUGGAUGUUCUUGCACUACUUAAUCGUCACAAGAAAAACUCAACUGUACCUUUCUGUGUGAUAUUGGUAUAGUUAGAUCGACUGUACACUGUACUGCACUUUCUAAUCGCUCUGUGAUUAAGCACCUGGCCUUCUUUUAGAGACCACAGCCAUGAUUUGUUAGUUCAAAGCAUAAAAACGUCAAAAACCACAUUUUCACCUCAGUUCUGCUCCGCGAUUAAAAGUACCAAGGGCAUAGAUAAGUAGAAGCAUAAUCGAAUAUGACUCGGCACUUGCAAAUUGCCAGAACAAACAUCUUCUCACAUGUCUUCCAUUCCACACGGUUUUAAUUUAACUUCGAACCAAUUGUGUUUUGUAGCUGGUGGAAUGUGCUCAAGAUGGUAUGUAGGAUUGGAACGUUUACAAUCCGUGAUGCAAUUCUGUUUCACAAAUUUUGUAUAUUUAAUAAAGAGUAUUUUGUGUUUCCUGCUCA